GACAGGAGGAGAGGAGGAGGAGGAGGAGGAAGAAGAGGGACACUCACUCAUUGUUAAAACUCGCGGAGCGGCGCAGACCCUCUUCAGCACGUGAAGCCCGCCGCAGCGUUUCAGAGCGAAGCUUCCUGGAAGCCAGCCUUUGUUUGGAGCAUCCUGACGCAGCGCGGCCCCUCCCGGCGAUGGCGGUCCUGUGACUCGCUGCUCGGCUCGCAGGACUCCCCUCGGCGAUGGAUGCGGCCAGCUUCAGCAGCCAUGGCCGCCGCGCUGGAGCCCCGUGAUACCGAGAGGACGGAGAGACGAGCAGACAGAGCGUUCCAGCCGUCUUAGCCCGGCCCCCCUCCCCCCCCCACCCCCCUCCCAGCGCUCGCUCCCGCUCCCGUGUCCAGAGCAGCCAUGGGGCUGCUGUGGGUGUUCUCCGUGUCCAUGCUGACGGCCUGCGUGGCCAUCCCCAUGGACGCGGCGGCCGGCAGCCACAGCCUGUUCACCUGCGAGCCCAUCACCCUGCGCAUGUGCCAGGGGCUGCCGUACAACUCCACCUUCAUGCCCAACGCGCUCAACCACUACGACCAGCAGACGGCCGCCCUCGCCAUGGAGCCCUUCCAUCCCAUGGUCAACCUGCAGUGCUCCCCGGACCUGCGCAUGUUCCUGUGCGCGCUGUACGCGCCGGUGUGCACGGAGUACGGCCGCGUGACGCUGCCCUGCCGCCGCCUGUGCCUGCAGACCCGCAGCGACUGCUUCCGCCUCAUGGAGAUGUUCGGCGUCUCCUGGCCGGAGGAGAUGGACUGCAGCAGGUUCCCGGACUGUGACGAGCCCUACCCCCGCCCGGUGGACCUGCUGUCCAGCUCCGACGCCACCGAGCCGCCGGCGUCCGUCCAGAGGGACUACGGCUUCUGGUGUCCCCGCGAGCUGAAGACGGACCCGGAGCUGGGCUACUCCUUCAUGGGGGUGCGGGACUGCUCCCCCCCCUGCCCCAGCAUGUACUUCAGCCGGCGGGAGCUGACGCUGGCGCGCUACGUCAUCGGCGUGGUGUCCAUCGUGUGCCUGUCCGCCACGCUCUUCACCUUCCUCACCUUCCUGAUCGACGUGUCGCGCUUCCGCUACCCGGAGCGGCCCAUCAUCUUCUACGCCGUCUGCUACAUGAUGGUGUCGCUGGUCUUCUUCCUGGGCUUCCUGCUGGAGGACCGCGUCUCCUGCAACGCCGCCGCGCCCGGGAGGUUCCGGGCGUCCACCGUCACUCAGGGCUCCCACAACAAGGCGUGCACGCUGCUCUUCAUGGUGCUGUACUUCUUCACCAUGGCGGGCAGCGUCUGGUGGGUCAUCCUCACCAUCACCUGGUUCCUGGCCGCCGUGCCCAAGUGGGGCAGCGAGGCCAUCGAGAAGAAGGCGCUGCUGUUCCACGCCUGCGCCUGGGGCGUGCCGGGCGUGCUCACCGUCACGCUGCUGGCCAUGAACAAGAUCGAGGGCGACGGCGUGAGCGGCGUGUGCUUCGUGGGGCUGUACGACCUGACGGCGCUGCGCUGGUUCCUGCUGGCACCGCUGGGCCUGGACGUGCUGGUGGGCGUGGCCCUGCUGCUGGCCGGCAUCGCCGCCCUGAACCGGGUGCGCAUGGAGAUCCCGCUGGAGAAGGAGAACCAGGAGAAGCUGGUGAAGUUCAUGAUCCGGAUCGGCGUGUUCUCCGUGCUCUACCUGGUGCCGCUGCUCGCCGUGCUGGCCUGCUACCUGUACGAGAGCAGCCACCGACCGGCCUGGGAGACCAGCUGGGUGCAGGAGCGCUGCCGCCACUACCACAUCCCCUGCCCCUACCAGGCGGGGAGCUCCAGCCGCCCGGACCUGCUGCUCUUCCUCCUCAAGUACCUGAUGAUGCUGAUCGUGGGAAUCCCCUCCGUCUUCUGGGUGGCCAGCAAGAAGACCUGCUUCGAGUGGGCCAGCUUCUUCCACGGCAAGACGCGCAAGGAAGCAUUAACCCCCUCUCCCACCGCCUGCUCCACACACUCCUCCAUCCUCUUCUACCACCACCCCCCCCGCCCCGCCACCUUCCCCCUGUCGCUGCCGUCCCCGCUGCGCCUGUCGCUGCCCUCACUGCCCCCCUCCUCCACCCCCUCCCCCUCCCCCUCCCCCCCUCCGAGCAGCGGGAUGGUGAACGGGAGCCGCCAGGCGCUGCGGGAGCCGGACUUCGCCCAGCUGCUGCUGCUGCGGGACGCCAACACGCCGGUGGCGCGGAAGUCGCGGGGCACGUCCACGCAGGGCACCUCCACCCACGCCUCCUCCACCCACCUGGCGGCGCUGGACGGGCCGCCCAGCGCCAGCACCAGCCGGGCCGGCUCGCCGCGCAGCGCCCGCUCCAAGAUGAGCAGCUACCACGGCAGCCUGCACCGCUCCCGGGACGGCAGGUACACCGCCUCCAGCUUCCGGGCGGCGGACGAGCGGCUGGCGUACGGCAGCCUGCCGCGCCUCGCCGACCAGGCGGCGUCCCGGCACUGCGGCAGCGGGCGGCUGGACGGGCCGCCGGCGUCCCGCCACGGCUCCGCCCAGCGGCUGGACUCGCCGUCCGCACACGGCAGCUUCAGGGACCUGAGCGGCGGCGGCGGAGGAGGAGGAGCCGGGAACGGGAUCCACCGGGUGGCGGAGGACGACGGAGGAUCCGCCGCCUGAGCGACACGCCGCGGCGGAGCCGUGCCUUAAACAGCUGACCGGACACCCCCCCCCCCCCAAGACCAGUGGCGUUCGGUCAAAUUGAGGCAGAAAGCGCUUCGCAUCUUUCUUGACCGGUUUCCUGAACGUCUGAUCGUCCAAAGAGUUUCCAGCAGUUUGAGCUGAACUUGUCUCCGUCCUUCCAUCUGCUUCCGUCCGUCCCGAACAACCAGACGUGUUUCUGACGCCUCGUUUCCACGGCAACGACCUCAAGCAAAAACAACUGAACUUUUCUCGUCAUUGUGGAAAUGCGUUGUUUUUUUUUUAUUUUGUUUCUGAGAGUUCGUCCGUUAGGAGACGCUCGCUGGGAUCCGUGAAUCAAAGGGCUGAAACUCCUGCCUUACGAACACAAACCAGCACCGCGCCCGGUGCCCCGGUUCGAGCCUCUGGACUCCAGCAGCUCUCCCUCUGCCUGUAAAUGUCCCCCGUAGCGUCUGCAGCCUGUCCAUAGAUGUAAAAAGUCGUCUUCUGCCGUCCUUUUGUAAUAAAGUCUGUUGCCUGCUGGUUUUCUAAAGAGACUCGAGCACACGCUGGUUAUUUGUAACAGCCCUCCGCUUUAUUGAAAUACAUCGGAGUCAGGUUAAUAUAAUGAGUUCCCCACGGUAAGUGUGGCAGCCAGUUCAUACAUUAUUUUUUUUGUCAAAUUUUUUUUUUUUUUGUUGUUGUUGUUGUUGGUUUUGUUUUGACCUUACACCUUAAAUAUUUUUUUUUUUUAAAUUUUGUGCAAAAAAGAAUCUACAUCACCUGUAGUGGGUUAUCCUCAGUAAAACGCCCAAACCGGUCAAAAA